AAAUAAUCAGUGAGCCUGUCUGAGCAUCUGAUAUAAAAAGGCUCACACAGGCGUCUCCUCACCACAGCUCAGACACUGCAACAGAUCUGCACUGAAAACCUCUUCUCCACCUCAGAAUGGACUUCCAAAUCUUCUCCCUGGUGAUGUUGUUGCUGGCCUGUGUGGAACAGAGCCUGGCCUCCUGCAUGGUGGACAGCUUCACAGUGAAAACAGACUUUGACCAAGCAAGAUAUGCAGGAAAGUGGUACGCUCUGCAGAAGAAGGACCCUGAGGGUUUGUUCCUGCAGGACAACAUCUCUGCUGAGUACACAGUCGGAGAUGAUGGAGCCAUGGUCGCCUCCUCCAGGGGCAGAGUUACUCUCUUUGGGUUCUGGGUGGUGUGCGCCGACAUGGCCGCUCAGUACUCCGUGCCCGACCCCACCUCCCCCGGCAAGAUGUUCAUGAACUACCAGGGACUGGCCAGCUACCUGUCCAGCGGCGGUGACAACUACUGGGUCAUUGACACAGACUACGACAACUACGCCAUCACCUACGCCUGCCGCACCCUGAAGGAUGAUGGAAGCUGCGACGACGGCUACUCCCUGGUCUUCUCCCGCAACCCCCGCGGCCUCCCCCCCGCCAUCCAGAGGGUCGUCCGCCAAAAACAGGAGGAAAUCUGCAUGGUCGGCGAGUUUCAGCCUGUGCUGCAGACUGGAGCCUGCUAAACUUCUUCUUCUGGAGUUUCUGUAUUUACCGCAUUGAUCAUCCUGCCCAAAAUGAAGACAGAGCCCUUCUCAAAGAAAGACGAAUAAUAAUGUUAUGCUUAUGAUGUUGAAACGUCACAGGAGAGACUUAUCAGAUAAAUCAAAUUAAAGGUCCCAUGAAAAAUGUAAAUGAACACUGCCAAUGACAAGAUUGAAACAAAUGUACCAACAUUCAAUGAAAAGUAUUAUCGGUUGAGGUAAUGAGAGGAAAUAAUCAACAACGUAGUAUUUUCAUGCAUCUGAUCUGUGUAAUCAUUCUAAUGGUGACAAUACAUUUUGUAAAGAAA